UUUUUAUUUAGCAUUGGUCACACACAACCCUUAGCCAUGAACAGUGUCGCAGCUGCUCUCCUUGUGUGGACUCUGACCUCUCCCAGCAGCAGCGGCCACGGCAGAGGGGAUGCUUGGCCCACGCACACGGCCUGCAGCAGUGGGGGCUUGGAAGUACUCUACCAGAGUUGCGAUCCCUUACAGGAUUUUGGGCUUUCCAUUGACCAGUGUUCCAGGCACAUCCAACCAUCCCUCAACAUUAGAUUUGGCAUCAUUCUGAGAGAAGACAUCAGCAAGCUGUUUCUGGACAUGGCUCUUGUCUCAGGAGGCACCUCUGUUCUGAACUUCUCCUAUCCCAUCUGUGAGGAGGAUCUGCCCAAGUUCUCUUUCUGCGGAAGAAGAAAAGGAGAGCAGAUAUACUAUGCUGGCCCUGUCAAUAACCUUGGAUUCGAUGUUCCACAGGGAGAAUACCGGGCUUUGCUGAAACUGUAUAAUGAAAACCAUGCUACGGUGGCUUGUGCCAAUGCUACUGUCAUCUGCUCCUGACCACAACCUGCCAGAAAAUACACAGCAAGCUCAGCCUCAGGGAACCCCCAAGGUCCCCAGACUCGGCUGCCUGUAAUAAGGGAUGCUGAUGACCAAGAGAGGCUCCGCAAAGAAACUCUGCAUGGGUCCCUCUAACCUAGACACAGAUGCUGCCAGACCCCACAGAUAAAAUAAAGCCUCCAAAAUGA